AUGCCUCUCUACGCACCUGAUCCUCAAGUGAAUGAGCUCUCGCUCAUCUGCUCACGAGGCAUCGGCCGUGGAGACCCGGACAGUCUGGACCAGGCACUGUCAUCUGGUGUUAAUCCCAAUGAUCCACCGCCACAGUCUGAGCGACAUGGUGAACAGCUGCAGCCGCCUCUCUACUGUGCGGCCGACAUGAUGUGCCAUGAUCCAGAGUAUAUGAAGGAGGGACUGCAGAUGAUUCAUUCGCUUCUUUCCUAUGGGUCAGACCCAUACCAGGAGUUCCCCCAGGCUCUUUAUUGCCCAGAUCGCUCCUCCAAACCUCGAGCACCAUUCCCCAGCGAGGACCCUCCAUCCACACCUUUUCCAGAAGUUCUUAUUGGAUUCAAAAGCCUAGAAGAAAGAGAGAAAUGGGAGAGAGAGAAUGAUGAUCAGCAUCCUCACUUUUCGGAUGAUGAGUGGGAGAAUGAAGAGACAGCGCCUGUGUGGGGUGUUAGGCACAUGAUACAUGCUAUCAUAGAGGAUGACGGUUUGUUAAAACCUUUCAUCGACUAUCCCGGAUUUCUUGAGUCAUUGGAUCUUGAGCAUCGUGAUCCCCAAGGGCGUACACUACUACUGAGUGCCUGCCGAAGUGCUGUCGGCGCCGACGUGCUCGCUGGGACAGGGUUUAAUGAGGUUCAUUGGAAAGUGGAGAACACAUCCCCAACCUCAAAGAUAUAUCCUAGCUGGGAUCGGAACGCAGGCCCGACCGAGUCAGACUUUUCAGAGCCGGGAAUGGAGUCAUUGGUUGAGAUGCUUCUUCGACUUGGCGCCAACCCUCUCGCGGUGGAUUACCAAGGGAAGAAUGCCUUGCAUCAUCUCCUUGUCGAGGUUUGCAACAAUAAUACGGGCCGCUUUCAUCGGUUACCUGUGGUGCGACGCUCAUUACGAAUCUUCGCAUCAGGAUAUCCUUCUCUAGUGAACCAGCCUGAUCAGCAUGGAGCAUACCCGCUGCAUGCAGCUCUCUGUCGAAUGCGACUGUACCCGGACUUUAACUAUUACACUAGAGUCAAAUUAGGAGAGCCUCUAUGCUGUGUUCAGGAUAUGCUUCGAAUGGGUGUGGACAGACGGGCGAAAGAUGGAAAAGGGAAUACGGCGCUACACUAUCUGGCUGAUGAUGAUUUGACAGGAGUCUACCCUAGUGAAGAUUUCCGCAACUGGCAGGAAGUUGACCGCGAGGUGUUCACCACGUUGGACGAUGCUGGUAUCGACUGGAAGGCCAAGACAUCAGAAGGUGGAAACUUGCUACAUCUCGUUGCGCGGUCUGGACUAAGCCAGGAAAGGUUGAUAUGGAGAAGUCGGUUUCUGGUGGACAAGGGGAUUGAUCCGACGGCACUUGAUGCAGAUGGUUGGACGGCGAAGAAAAUCGCUGAGCAUUAUCGAUUGAACAAGUUGUUAUUCUAUGAGGAGCUGGGGAAGCUUGAAAAGGGCGAGGACAAGGUCGAGUGUCAGUAA